AUGGCUUCCGGCGCCCAGUCUACCGGCUCGACCAAGGUCGAUGCCGUCGUCCAGCAGGCUAAGGCCGCUGCUCCCGGCCAGCCUACCGGCUUCGCCCUCUACUCCAGAUUCGCCCUUGCCGGUGCUGUCUGCUGCUCCGUCACCCACGGUGCUCUUACCCCCGUCGAUGUGAUCUCAUCAUCAACUCCAUUAAUUGCCAAUGGCACACAGCCCGCUGACAUCUUCUCCAGCGUCAAGACCAGAAUCCAGCUCGACCCUGCCACCUACAACCGCGGUCUGAUCGGUGGCUUCCGCCAGGUCAUCCAGCAGGAGGGUGCCGGCGCCCUGCUUACCGGUGUCGGCCCUACCUUUGCUGGUUACUUCCUCCAGGGUUCCCUGAAGUUCGGAGGUUACGAGUUCUUCAAGCAGCAGUGCAUCAACACUGUUGGCUACGAGAACGCCUCCAACUACCGCACUGCCGUCUACCUGGCUUCUUCCGCCGCCGCCGAGUUCUUCGCCGACAUCGCCCUUUGCCCUCUUGAGGCUACCCGUAUCCGUCUCGUCUCUGAGCCCACCUAUGCCUCUGGUCUCGUUUCCGGCUUCAGCAAGAUGCUCUCUUCUGAGGGUGUCGGUGCUUUCUACGCUGGAUUCGGCCCCAUUCUCUUCAAGCAGAUCCCUUACACCAUGUCCAAGUUCGUCGUCUACGAGAAGGUCGCCGAGGCCAUCUACCGCCAGUACCCCAAGAAGGACAUGUCCGACGGUGCCCAGACUCUUGUCAACCUUGGCUCCGGUCUGAUUGCCGGUUUCGCCGCCGCCAUCGUUUCCCAGCCCGCCGACACCAUGCUUUCCAAGAUCAACAAGACCAAGGGUGAGCCCGGUGAGGGCACCACCAGCCGUCUUAUCAAGAUCGGAAAGGAGCUCGGUAUCCGUGGCUCCUACGCCGGUAUCGGUGCUCGUCUCUUCAUGGUCGGUACCCUUACUGCCUUCCAGUUCGGUAUCUACGGUGACCUGAAGAAGGCCCUCGGUGCCACCGGCGGUGUUGAGAUCGCCAAAUAA